AUGCCUGUCAUCGUCGAACUGAGCUGCGGUCGAACUCCACUGCCGAGCUCCCCGACCAUGCCUCGCUCCACCCUCGUCGUCGCGAGUGCAGUCCUCGCACUCCUAUCUCCCCUCGCCCAGGCCAAGAUCAAGAGCGAAAUACGCACGUACCUCUUCACCAGCGACGACUGCAAUGGACCAACUAUCGGCGGCAACGAGGACCUCAAACCCAACAAGUGUCACGACAUUGUCAGCGGCGCCAACAGCAUGAGGCCUUCCACGAACAAGCACCAGGACUGGCUCAACCAGAUCAACCUCGGACAGCAAGAGUGCUGGGUCGCCACAUACAAGCAUCAUGGCUGCGCAGGCUACCCAUCAAUUGCCGAAGGACUCCCUGGGGCCAUCGAUCAGUGCUUGUCACCACCCGAACAGUUUCUCUCCAUGAUGUUUGGAUGUCGAGAAGCGAAGUCAGAGAACUUUACGACUACCGUCGUGGUGGUACCAACCACCGUUACCGUACCUCCGCAACUGACCAGCACCACCACCGUAUAUCCACAAACGAUCACCGUCACCACCGUACUUCCACAAACGAUCACCGUCACCACCGUACGUCCGCAAACGAUCACCGUCACCACCGUACUUCCGCAACCGAAUAGCACCUAUAUCAUUCAGCAACCGAUCACAACUUCCACCGUGGUCACCGAGGUUGGGAUUGUCGGCUAUCUCACAACAUGGAUGCACGCCGGCAGCUCCUUUACCAACUACGUCUCUACUAUCUUGACGACUUCCACCAAGACUUUGUACUCUACGAAGAGGACUGUCCCCACCUCCAUCGAGACUAUCAUCCCGAACCCCACGGAGAUCAUCCCGCUAAGACCCUUCCUCAUGCCGACCUCCAUAGAGACUAUCACCCCGAUGCAUUACGGAACCGUGCUUCCUAGCUCUCGGCCCCAUACCGUAACCGCCUAUGUCGAAGACAGCCACUACCCGCGCGAGCGUCGCUCCGACCCUCAGCCCGAGGCCCAUGCUCUGGAGCCACGCCGCAGGAGCAAGUGGAAGGGCCCUCGGAUUGGUGUAUGGAUGAAGCACCCUUGGUCCCAGGCGGUCAUCUGCUACGAAUGCUACGCCAAGGCUCAUGACAAUCUGUGGAAGUUCGAGUGCCGCUCUGGACCGAACAACCCCGUCUCAUGCGAGGGCCCGGUACCUGAUCCCAACGAAACCGUCACCGUCACACAUACUCCAGAUGUCACGGUAACCCAGGGCGCAGCGAUCACCAGCGUGUCAGUCGUUACAGUAACCGCUGGGCAUGCGAUUACAACGGUCAUCGGCGGCAACCCAAUUCAGCCAAUGCAGACCAUUACGCUCGGCCAGAAGGAAGCCGAUCUAGAACGCCGCUCAUUCCACAGGGCCGUCAGAUUCACCCAUCCGUGGUAUCCUGGCACAGAGAUGUGCGCAGAUGCUGAAUGGGAGGAGCGUGGAUCGAAGGGGUCAGAAGUCCGAAUCCAAAAACCCAAGGAAGACAUGAAGAAGUGCACUCCGAAGCAGCAAGUGCAGUACAUCGACGCCACUCCAGAGACGAAGACUGUCGUACUCCCUUACUCUACUGUCUCUGUGAUCUUCAGCACCUCCACGGUGUAUCCUCCGGCUAUCGUCACCGUCGCUCCUCCGUCUAUCGUCACCGUCGCUCCUCCGUCUAUCGUCACCGUCGCUCCUCCGUCUAUCGUCACCGUCGCUCCUCCGUCCGUCGUCACGGUCAUUGGCUCUCAACCCGUGGUUACUAUCACCACCAUCUCGGCUCCUGCUAUGGUCACCGUCACUCAUAAGUUCCCUCCUGCGGCCGUCACCACAACCAUAUUCGCCGCCCCCGAGCCGCCUUGCACCACCGAACCCUACUCCAUCAAAACUGUCUACGUCGACCCUGAGCCACCCUGCACCACCACCCCCGCACCUGUUUCCAUCACAACCACAACCGUCUUCGUCGACCCCGAGCCACCUUGCGAUACGGUCACCGUCGCCCCCGAGCCACCCUGCGACACGGUCACUGUCGUCGGAAGAUCUGCACCCACGCCCUACACCACCCUCUACUCAAAGCGCCAACAGCUGCGUGAUCUCUGA